CACCCGGCUAGCAGAGCACGGCGGCACCGGCUUCCUCGGCAGGCACGCAACGUCUCGCACUAUGGCGUCGCUCUGAGUUCACUCACACGCCAGUUGUGUACAUACCUCACCGGCAAUCCGUCACCAUCGACGCCUUGAUAAUGGACCUCCGGUCCAGGGGCUAUUUUCGGGGCCAUCGGAAUCACCAAUAGUACUCGUCAAGGACGAAAUUGCUUGAUUUUUGCCAGCACUGUCCCUGUUGCACGCCCCGGGAUCUCAUCAAGUGACAGACAGGAGUAGAGCCGGUUAGCCGCAGCUAGCUCGCUAAAUCAGUUGCCGAAGAAGGGCAUCUUGGUUUGUGUUGGACCGACCUAAAAAAGUCAAGACACCGGGCAGUGACAAUACCGCGAAUCCCGGAGAGGACCCGACGAGAGGCCAACUCCCGGGUUGCAAUUCAGCCGCGCCUUCACACGUUAUCUUGGUUGGCAACACAUCGCCACCCUAAUGCAGAACCAUAAAAGAACGUGAAAUGAAUAAACCACCGCAGCCUAUACCGGGACCCACCUCUGUCCCAAACCCCGCCCCCUCCCCCGGAUUGACGCAGGCCGCCUACGGACCCGGGCAGCCCCCGUCUCUUGUUUUCGCCACACCUUCACCCCCUCAGAUGAACUCUGCUCCCCAGCCAAGACAGUUUGCCGCAGGGCCCCGUACGUUACACCAACAGACAGGAGAGACGAGAAAAGCCUUCCGUUUGGGUCUUGUGUCGAUUCCGGGUGGAUACAGAGCGCUACAGGGUUAUUAUUCGAACCGUCCUGCGAUGGCCACCAGCACGCCGAGGGUCCAAACGAGCAGCGGCCCUCGACCCGUCGGACCCCCCCACGUCUACCCGCCGACCUCACAGAUGAUGAUCAUCCCCCAACAGCAGCUCUCGUUCGCUGGCUCCCCUCAGGGUUACUUCCUGCCCCCUGGACAGUACCGAGCCCCAUACAUGCCACCUACUCAGCAGUAUCCCGUGACCAGCGGGACUGCCGGCUUCUACGCGGGAACCAGCCCUGCUGAAUACUCCGGCUACGAGCCCUCUCUUGCUGCGAGGGAGAGGCGGGGUGGCGGGGGGAGAGGCGGCGGCCGAGAGAACGGCCGUCUCUCUCUCCACGGUGCUCCUCUCACCUCCCAGCGCUACCCCGCAGCAGCAUACUACCCGGCUCAGCCGCCGUACUCUGCGUCUGUCCAGCCCGCACAGGUCAUUAUCAACCCUGCCCAGCAACAGCAACCAGCCCCCCCUCCUCAGCAGCCUCCGGCACCGACACAAGGCCCACCAAAGAGGGAACGUAAACCGGUAGUGUGUCCCAACAAAAGGGCAGCGGACCUCUUGUCUGAGAUCAGAAUACGCGACCCCAACCGGGGCGGACAAGAUAUCACGGAGGAGAUCAUGUCUGGCGGAAGGUCCGCCACGACACCGACUCCACCGCAAGCCAACACCACAGAAGCCGGACCCGCACAGACUAACGGUGAAGUCAUUCCGCCUGUUACAGCAGCCACAAGAUCAGAUGACAACCUCGAGCUGGUUGGCAAUGUUGAAACCCCACCACCACCACCACCACCUCCUCCCACCACAAACCCCGAACCCGCGUUUGAGGCCUCACAGGAAGCAGACAACCAGAACGCGCCGGCCGCAGAAUUGGAACCUGACGCCUCUGACCUGGCUCCCGAGGUGGCGUCCCAACUGGCGGAGGAGCGGCCAGUUCCCUCUCUCCUCCCACCCGUUACAGCGGCCUCCUCCUGCGCGGAGGAAGUUGAAGUCGACGCUAACGUCGCUGACACGGUAGACGCUCCCGUCUGCCCCGCUCCUUCGACGGCGCAAGAGGAGGAACCACCGGCCGCCCCGGCCCCGUGCGAGAAAGCGCCAGAAAAGCAACAAGUGGAGGAAGUGCAUGAGGAAGAGUCCGCCGAGGUCAAAGCAGUAGAGCCUGUUGGUGAACUUGCAGAAGUCGUAGCCCCCAUUGAUUCGGAAACACAGGAAAUGCCUACAGAGAUGGCGACGGAAGCGCCUCAGUCUUCCGUCUCGCCGCAGGAGCCUGCCGCUUCAACGACUCCAAAUGCCGAGCCCCAACCCGAAGCGGCGCCGGCUGAACCGGCGGAGCCUCCUCUCUCCAACGGCCUUCCUCAGGAUGUGGAGGAACUCGCUGAAGAAGACACUACGCCCUGCGACCAGCCAGACACUUGUCAAUCUCAGGAAUCUGAACCUGUGGCUAAAACUGCAGUGCCAGUUGUGGAGGAGAUGGAGCUCGAGGAGAAGGAGGUGCUGCUGGUGGCCGAAGAGAAAAAUAAGGAAGUUGUCAAGGUGGCAAAAAGUGAGGACGUCCCUCCUGUCGCUGUAAACUCUCCUACAGAGGAAUUUACUAUGCAAGCUGCUACGUCUGUGCCAAAGAAGAGGAGGAACAUGAAGGAAAUCAACAAGAAGGAGGCCAUUGGAGACCUCCUCGAUGCCUUCACAGAGGAGCCGGAUGCCAAGCCCGCCUCUGAGCCCUCGUCCACUCAGGCCGACCCCGUCCCUGUUGCUCCAGCUGAACCUCCCGCCGAGGUGGUAGAUGAGACCUGGGAGGAGAAAGAGGACAAGCAGAAUGCAGAACCGCAAUCCAAAACUGAGUCCAGUGACAAGAAAGACCAGUGCAAAGAAGAACACUGGAAGCCAAUAAACCCCGAUGACAAAAAGCGCUACGACCGAAAGUUCCUGCUGGGCUUCCAGUACAGCAGCGCCAGCAUGAACAAACCCGAAGGACUGCCCGUCAUCAACGACGUGGUUCUGGACAAGGUGAUCAAGCCUUCGCUGCGGCCCACGGAGCCAAUUCGAACGAUGAACGUUGGCAUGGAUUUCACCCCCUCGUAUUUGGGCAACCUGGGCAGCAGAUCAGUCGGAGGACUGCGCGGACCGCCCCCCGGGCCACGGCGUUCCCAGCAGGGUCAGCGGAAAGAGCCACGGAAAAUCAUCACCAGCAUGUCGCUCAACGACGACGUGCAGCUCAACAAAGCGGAGAAAGCCUGGAAGCCCUCGACCAAGAAGAGCACCCGUGGCCGUGGCGAGGAGGAACCGGCGCCGACUACCGAUGAAGAGCUCACCCCUGCGCAGGCCCAAACGCAAGAGCUCUUGAAGCGACUGCGCAGUAUCCUCAACAAACUGACGCCGCAGAAGUUCCAGGAGCUGAUGAAUCAGGUGAAGGAGCUGAGCAUCGACACGGAGGAAAGGCUGAAGGGCGCCAUCGACCUCAUCUUUGAGAAAGCCAUCUCAGAGCCCAGCUUCUCCGUGGCCUAUGCCAACAUGUGCCGCUGCCUUUCGGGGUUGAAAGUCCCCGCCACAGACAAACCAGGAUAUAGUGUCACCUUCCACAAACUGCUGGUCAACCGCUGCCAGAAAGAGUUUGAAAAGGACCAGGAUGACGACGUGUUCUUUGAGAAAAAGCAAAAAGAGAUGGAGGCCGCCAAAGAGGAGGAUCGUGAGCGCUUGCGCCUGGAGCUCGAGGAGGGCCGAGACAAGGCCAGGCGGCGCUCGCUGGGCAACAUCAAGUUUAUCGGGGAACUUUUCAAGUUCAAGAUGCUAACGGAAGCCAUCAUGCACGACUGUGUGGUCAAACUACUGAAGAAUCACGACGAAGAGUCUCUGGAGUGUCUGUGCAGGCUGCUCUCCACCAUUGGCAAAGACCUGGACUUCGAGAAAGCCAAGCCUCUUAUGGAUCAGUAUUUCCAUCAAAUGGGAAAGAUCAUCAAAGAGAAGAAAACAUCAUCCCGAAUCCGCUUCGUGAUGCAAGAUGUCUUGGACCUCAGACGGUGUAACUGGGUGCCCCGUAGAGGAGACCAGGGUCCUAAAACCAUCGAGCAGAUCCACAAGGACGCAGAGAUGGAAGAGCACAGGGAGCAGAUCAAAGUCCAGCAGCAGCUCAUGUCCAAAAAGGACACGGGUGGAGGGGGAGGAGGAGGAGGAGGCGGUGGCGGCGGCAGGAUGGGUGGAGGCAUGGGCGGCCGGGGUCCUCACACGCAGGGAGGUGGUCGGGGCAGCCAACCCCAGGAUGAGGGCUGGAACACGGUGCCCAUCACCAAGAGGCCCUACGACACCGCCCGCCUCAAGAUCACAAAGCUCGACAAUCCGGACCUCAACAAUCAGCGGUUGGCUCCGUUAGGCAAAAGCUGGGGCAAAGGUAGCAGCGGAGGAAUGGGAGUCAAAACCGUAACUGGAGACCAAGGUAACUCUGGUCGGCCGACGACCAGCACCGUGAACCGCUUCGGUGCCCUGCAGCAGUCCAGCUCCUUGUCCUCCGACUCGGAUCGUAGAGCUCCACAGAGGCCGAGCUCCAGCCGUGAGCGAGGCGGCGACAGAGAGCGGGCGGAUCGGGACCGAGAUCGAUUCGACCGCUUUGACCGCGACGACAGAAGCAGUCGAAGCCAAAUCACCAAGCGGAGCUUCAGCAGAGAAACGGAGGAGCGCGGCGGGAGGGACGGCGAUAACAAGCCUACCAAUGAGCCCGUGCGCCGCGUGGCCAGCAUGACGGACAGCCGGGACCGGGGCAGCCGGGACCGGGGCAGCCGGGACCGGGGCAGCCGGGACCGAGGCAACAGAGAUGGACGAAGCCCGGACAUAGGCCCGAGCAAAGACCUUCCGGCAAAGCACGAGAGUGCACCCGCUCCUUCUCUUCCUAAGCCAGCAUUGACAGAAGAGGAGCUUGAGAAGAAGUCCACCGCCAUCAUCGAAGAGUACCUCAACAUCAAUGAUUUGAAGGAGGCGCUGCAAUGCGUGACCGAGCUCAACAGCAGCGCCUUGCUCUACGUGUUUGUGCGGCAGGGUGUGGAGGCCACGCUAGAACGCAGCACCAGUGCUCGCGAGCACAUGGGCACAUUGCUCCACAAACUCACCAGUUCGGGGACCAUGCCCGUUGCGCAGUAUUUCAAAGGACUUCUCGAGAUCCUGGAGGUCGCCGAAGACAUGGCCAUAGACAUACCUCACAUCUGGCUCUACCUGGCUGAAAUCAUCACCCCCAUGCUCCUUGAAGGCGGCAUCCCGAUGGGACAGCUCUUCAGGGAGAUCGCAAAGCCGCUCUUGCCUCUGGGGAAGGCCGACGUGCUGCUCGUGCAAAUCCUCCACUCGCUCUGCAAAGGGAUGACUUGCGGUAAGGUCGGCACCCUUUGGAAAGAGGCAGGACUGAACUGGAGCGACUUCCUGGCCAAGGAGGAAGACGUCAACAAGUUUGUCACAGAGCAGAAAGUGGAAUUCACAACAGGCAAGGAGCAGGAGUCCAAGGAGAGCACUAAGAAGUUGCUGAGUGGGGACGAGCUCAGGCAAGAGUUGGACCGCCUCCUUCGCGACAAGGCCAGCGACCAGCGGAUCAAAGACUGGGUGGAGGCCAACCUGGAUAAGCAGCAGAGCUCCUCCAACCAUUUUGUACGUGCACUCAUGACCGCCGUGUGCCAGUUGGCCAUCAUAGGAGACCCGUACAAGUUGGACUUGCCGCUGAUCAACAACAGAGCCGCCCUGCUGCAGGGCUUCCUGAGCGACGAGCAGAAAGAGCUGCAGGCGCUCUACGCCCUGCAGGCACUCAUGGUGCAAAUGGAGCAACCUGCAAACCUCCUGCGUAUGUUCUUUGACGCGCUGUACGACGCCGAUGUCAUCAAGGAGGAUGCCUUCUACAAGUGGGAGUCCAGCAAAGACGCGGCGGAGCAAAACGGCAAAGGCGUGGCCCUCAAGUCCGCCACUGCCUUCUUCAGUUGGCUGCGUGAGCCCGAUCCUGAGGAAGAGUCCGACAAGGACUCGGUUGGCCCGAACGACGAGUAGGUAGCGACUCGAGGGACGAUCUUGCCGACGAGGCAGACUCCAAAUCAAAAUCCUCAAUGAGGAAAAAUAUCUUUAUUUUUUUGUUGUUGUUGUUGAGGGAUGGACUCAGAAAACAAUCAGUUCUCUCCUCCCUUCCGCCUCUCUUCUCUUCCUUCAAUGUUCCCCACUCACUGACCUGCUCUCCUCAUGAAAUAAACUUGAAAAGUAAUUCAGCAGGAUGGCUCAUGCAGGUUGUGACAUAUUCCCGCCACAUCACUAUGAAAAUUCACCACACUGCAGACCUUUUUUUUUUUUUUUUUUUUUGACCGAUCACUGAGAUGAUUGUCAGUAGUGGUUCUUCGCCCAGCAUAACAGAAGUAUGUUUCUAAAAAGCAACAUCACCUUGUUGGCUGGCUUCCUCCCCUCCCUUUUUUUUUUUUUUUUUUUUUUUUUUCCCCUCGCCUCUUUUUUUUAAAAUUUUUUUUUUUUAUUCUUGCUGGGAUUUUAAGAGGACGGGCAAAUGCGGUGUGAUCACAAUACUUCCUCGCCAUCACGCCAACUGACUCUUGGUCUCUGUUACCUCUGCUGCGGAGGGACACUUCACCACCCAAUGGCCAUUAAAACUUGAAAUCUAUAGAAAUUGACUUGACGCGUUAUAGAAAGUUAAAGCAGAAAAUAUCCGGAAGCCUUUUUCUACAUCAAGUGGGAAACUCCUUUCUGGAGCAUUCUGUAAAUAUAUACUAAUUGAAAACAUCUUUUUUGUUUUGUGGUUAUUUUUGAAAUAAUGCAGUUGUCCGGAUGCAGAGAGGUGCUUUAGAUAAUCCUUUGAUUAUUAGUUUUAUUGGAAUUUUGUAAAUAUAUAUUUUUUUUGCUUUCUUUAUUUAAGAAAUUUUGGCUUCUUUUGCAUCGGAAACUGGAAAGAUGAGGAACAUUGCAAAUAAAGGACUUAUUAAGUUGCA